UGCAGUUGGCAUGUAUCCAAACUGAUAGCAGAAAUGAAUGAUGAAUGGAUGGAAAUAUUUGUGACUGAUCUGCGUCGAAAAUGAAGUAAUGUCGUCGAUUUAAGCCGUUCCCGCUGGUAACAACCAGAAACUUGGACAGCGCCAACUCAGCGGUCUGCGACACACCUCCCCCUGGAGGAGGCGUUUGUGAAAAAUGAACUGCGGACGACUUUACGGGCAGCUUCUGAUCGGUCACCGCGGGUUCGUGCAAGGUCUUGCCAUCCACGGACAGUGCCGGGUUCCGAAUUUGUUGCGCGAAUGUGCAAUUCAAACUCGCUUACUGCGAACGGAUUUCCGUCGGCACGAAUCUUUGUUCACUCGUCUGCGGCGAGGAUUCUUGCAACACACUGCGGGAGUGACCCGUGCAUGUGCGAGACAGGUCGAGUAUGUCAUGGCGCUGCGAAUUCAUCGCACCCAGCAGGCUGGUGUCUUUUACUUCCAGUUGUGUGGUGGUGCAUUCCUCCGGGAACUUAUUAGCCGCCUCUUGUCUCGCUUCUUGAUCCGGGUACGAGCCUCUUUGUUGAGCCGCUCUCAAAACUUCCUUAUGUCUGCAAGUGUCAUGCCAAUUUUCUGUUGGAAAGAAGAGCGGAUUCCCUCUGAAUAUUUGUUAAGGUAUUCCAAUGAGCUUGAAGCCGUUGAAUGCCUCAAAAAGCAUACGUGUGGUUCUUCAUUGACUCCAUGCAAACCCUCUGAGAGGAAGAAAGCGCCACUGCUCUCUUGUCCUUCCCAUUUCCAUGACGACCGACCUGAAGAUCCUUGGGAGUUGUUCAUUCAGCAAGGAACUUUACUGGUUUGGAGAAGAGAAGUUCCAAACCACAGAGGUGAAGGACUGUAUGAAUAUAAAGUUUAUGGGACUUAUGACGAUAUUACAGCAGUUGACUUUCUGAAAGUUCAUAUAGAUACUGAAUUUCGAAGAGAAUGGGAUUCAUCUGCAGUUGUACUAGAUGUUUUGGAACGUGAUCCACAGUCAAACAGUGAAGUUGUAUAUUGGGAAAUGCAAUGGCCUAGAAUGAUGUCAAACAGAGAUUAUGUUUAUAAGAGGCGAUACAUAAUAGAUGAAGAGCAGAAUGUUAUUGUCUUUGUGAAUCAGAACACUGAACACCAAUCUGCUCCUGUUAAGUCAGGAAAACAAAGAGUUACUGAAUACUGGUCUAUUAUAGUGAUCAAACCCCUGUCAGAUUUGGAAAAGCCUGGUUUGGAGUUUAGUAUGACUUACUUUGAUAACCCUGGGCUCGUAUUUCCAUCUGCUUUUGCUUCAUGGGCCACAGCUACAGGUUUUCCUGACUAUUUAAGUAAGCUCCAUUUGGCCACUGUCAAGUUUGCUGAACGCCGAAUGAAAGAGGAAGAGGAGGCGGCGAAAGCCAAAAAAGCUGCAGAAGCGGCUGAAGCUGCUGAAAAGGAGGAAAAGAGAAGGAAGGAUGAGGAAGAACAGAAGAAAAUUAGCGACUCUCAGCAACAACCUCCAGAAACAUGGGAAGCUUUCUUUGGUGGAGGACCUGUUCUAUCAAAUGUCCCAAAUGAAAGAUUGAACUAUCUUCUUAACAAAUUGAAGCUCCUUGGUACAUGACUACUGUGAGUUUUUGUUUGUUCUCUUUGUCACUCUUAGCCAAACUUCUGCAAAGUUUGGUGUUUGAUCUCAAGGUACUUCAUUCUUCUAGGUUGACAUCAACAUCUGAACAGACUUAGUUGCCCAAUAAUGAUCGUCCUGGCGUGAAAUGAUUUGCCUCUGUUGUAUCUAGUCGCACAUGGAAACAGAGCACAUAGCCUUUUGUUUCAAAUCAAGGGGAAAUGCUUUGGGAUGUAUCUGAAUUUUAUCUGUGGGUAAAAAGUAGAAAUUGUACUCCUCUUUUAGAGGGGGGGUCGCAAGGAACGUUCUGUAUGUGUGUUCAUAUGUUCUUAGUCUGGAAUGCUGUCAUGUUGAUUUAUUUUUUUUAAAUAGGAAAUGUAUUUUUUCAGUAUGGUUGUGUUGGUUGAAUUUUUCUGUCUUAUCAUCCAGAUGGCAGUAGUUCAAGUCCAUGUGAAUUGAAACAAAGAGCCUGCAUGUACCUCAAAACUUCACUUUCAAAAGACAAAAAUUAACAAUUAUGUAACAAAAAAGUGCAUGCCUGAAUUGUUGUGCUGCACAAAUGUGUAAUGGUCCUUUAUACUAUGUGACAAUACCAGUUGUUUUUAAUAUUCCCCUUGGAAGUGAAAAUUCAGCCGAGAUGUGAUCAAACUUACUGCUGAUGAAAUGUUCUGUGUACUCACAAUUUUUGUCCUACCACCUGAUUGUGUGUGUCCCAUUUUUGUAAUUCAAUUUACCCUAAUGUGUUUUGCUGAGCACAACUGUUUAGAGAAAGACUGAAAAUACAAUUUUCAAAAAUGAAAUAAAAAUGAAUGUCAUUUUCUA